UUUGGUACAACUCUGUUUAGUUGCCUACUCUUCAUAGCUUUUCAAGUGGGAGCAUUUGAAGGAGUAUUCAGACACAGAAGCAACUCUAGGAGGAAGGUUGUACCUUUUUCUUUCUAAUAUUUCUUAAAAGGACUUUUUCCACUUUUUUGGACUCUUCUUCAGCAUGGAUGAGUAACUUCUGUAAUCUUCUCUUCAUUAAGAGGAACUACAUUAACAGGACUGGAAGCUUGCAGAGGAAGAUUUUUUAUAAAACGGAUAAUUUACCGAGCAUAAAUAAUGAUCACAUAGUGUGGCAGGCAAGCACUGAAGGAGAUUGGUAAUUAAAGGGCAUCUAAAAAAAGAGCUGGACAGAGGGCGAGGCUGUGGAGUCAUAUGUGCUGGGAACAAAUCUCUGAGUCUACAAGAGGAGCCGUUUGAAUCCAUCCAGACUGUACUACGAGGCUCAUGGAUCCCUAUGGAGGCCACUACCUGAACAGAGAUGCAGUGCUGUCUCUACUGGGUAUAGCUCGCAUGUGCCAACUGAUAUUGGGCUGCACCACCAUGGCUCUGGUGGCACACAGUGCAGGCUUCAGUGCCAGCUAUGGCACCUUCUGCAUGUUCGUUUGGUGCUUCUGUUUCGCCAUGACUUUGUUCAUCUUCGUGCUUGAUGUGAUACGCCUACAUGGCUGUGUGCCCAUCUCCUGGGACAAUUUCACAGUGGCCUUUGCGAUGCUCUCCACAUUAAUGUACAUUACAGCUUCUGUUGUGUACCCUGUGUACUUCCUCAGUAAUGAAUGCCCGACUGAAGGCUGCGAAGUGCAGAGCUACCGCAUUGCUGUUACUGUGUGCUCCAGCGUCUGUUCAUUUGCCUAUGGUGCUGAGGUCCUCCUCACCAGAGCCAAGCCUGGCCAUGUAGUUGGUUACAUGGCCACCAUGUCAGGGCUGCUUAAGGUAGUUCAGGGAUUCAAUGCUUGCAUUAUCUUUGGUGCUCUGGCAAAUGACAGUGAGUACCAUCUCCACAUUCCCACACAAUACUGUGUAGUGGUCUACAGUCUAUGCUUUGCCAUCACAGUGGUGGUGGUGGUCCUGACUGUCUCAGGGAGGACUGUAUUUUUGCGACUGCCCUUCGACCGCUUCGUGAUUAUAUACACCUUCCUGGCAGUUCUGCUGUACAUGAGUGCUGCUGUGGUGUGGCCCAUCUUCAGUUUUGAUAAGAAGUAUGGCUCUCCUGGGCGACCAGAUGAUUGUCCCCAGGGAAAAUGUCCAUGGGACAGCAAACUGGUGGUGGCAGUGUUCACCUUUGCUAAUCUAGUGCUCUACUUCAUCGACCUGCUGUACUCUCAGAGGAUCCGCUUUGUCUCACAGUCAGCCUCGGCAGCGUAAAAUAAAAUUUCUACUUUGACUUGAAAUAACUUUGUGCUCAUGCAAAUACAGCCUUAAAUAUGUCAUGUCUGAAUGUUAGACAAAAUGUUUGAUCUGGAAAGUUUUACAGCAUCUACUAUCUGCACUUAAAUGCAUCUGUAAGCAUUUUUUAGUUCAAAUUAUUUAAUGUUCUAUUAUUUAAUGUUUAAUGCAAAAAAUAUUCAUUCUGAUGGACCCUCUAAUGAACUCAGUAAGUGGUUUUCUGUUUGAACGAAGUGGCCUUAUGUAACAGCUUCAAUGUGACUGAAAUUCUGUGAUUGAAUUUUCAUGUACCGUAUGCCUUUCACUGUGUGGUUUGCUACAUCUUGUUAUAAAUGAGUUUGAAAAUGUAAAACUGGAGAAUUUACUUUCUGAUUUGCCUGCUGGGACACGUCUACAGAUUAUACAAAGCAUAAAUUUAGGAAGUGUCAAAAAUAAUUCAAAAUUUUCCAUAUGGCUGAAGCAAAGGUUAUAUUUGUAGUAAUGUGCAUUAACCAUAAAUGUAGUCCUAUAGUCUCUACAGGGACAAAACCAUGUACCCACCCUAAGAUUAACUACAUACACUUUUGCGCUACACAAACAUAUUUCUAUUUAAAGAGCUGGUGUGGUACAACUCCAUACAGUUUACUUUUCCUAGCAGUAAAAGUGAGGGAUUUUACAGCAGAAACAUGGGCACAAAAACAAGGCUAAAGGUUAUUAGAUUUUUCCUAUGUGUUCCUAAUAUUUUUACAUUUAUUCAAACAUUUAUGGCACUACACUGACAAAAAGGUUUUUUUUUUAUUAUUAUUAUUUUUUUUAUAACAAGGGUAAUUUACAUAAUAAUGGUGAGCAUAUGAAUACUUUACUUUCAUAUCUAUCAAUACCUGGUCAAAGGUACUAAAUAUGUUUUCUUUUGAAAUGACUUUUAUGAAGUGACUUUUAUGGCUUUCAUGUGAAAUGUAAAUCAUGCAAAAAUGUAAUUGCUUGAUUUUCCUCUAUGCCUUUCAUAUAUAAUAACAACUGACUUCAUCCACAUAUCCAUUCUAUAUCAUAUCCACUGUUAACAAUUUAAGCAUAUUAUUGUUCACUUAUAUUUGUGAAUAGAUUCAAGGCAAUUUAUAGCAUUUGAUCUGAUACUGGUUGUAACUUGAUGUGUUAACUUUUUUUCAGCUCCCAAACGCCUUCCUCUCUAAAAAGAUUUUCACUUGGCUGACUGUACAUAAAAUUAAAUCUAUCUAAUGUAAUGCUAGUAAAUUGGUUGAUAUACAGUAUGGAAUAGAUCAAAGUUGUUGUUACACAUUAAGGUGCCAAUUUUCUGUGGUUUGAUUAAUAAAAGGUUUGGUGUACAAGUUUCAUGUAAAUAAAAUGUCUUACAUAAACAUGGGAGAGGAAUUUAUUUAUUUAUUUACAGUAAUAAUACAGUCUAAGCAUGUUUAAAAAACAGAUUUAUUAUAAUGUGGGAGACUGAAAAAUUCCAACAGGUGUUUACUUCAAGUUACCGUUGUUAAAAAUGGUACUACAUGCUAGUGAAUUAAAGGAAGUACUUCAUUUUCCAGCUUUAGAAGGUUUACAGUUGAAGAAUGAACUCUAUAUUGUUGUCAGAGGUUAUCUGGUGCAGGUUGGUUAGAACCACACAUUUUUCAUUAUUUGCAUACUUCUUUUUGGAUGACAGGAAUGGAAGCUGUUGUGGCCUUCUGCUGUUUAAUGUACAUUUCUUAGCUUGCUGUAAUUGUAAAGAGUGUUUAUUUAAAUUAUUAUAUGCUUCUUGUCAGCUCACACCAAUUAGCUCAUUCUUCUCUAACA